UUAUUUUUUUUAAUGUUGAUAAACCGAUUACUUAGCUUAGUUGUAAAAAUUGUUAAUGUUUUACUAAUAAAUUAAAAAUAUAGCAAUAAUUUUAGUUUAAAAAAAAAAAAAAUUGUGUUUAUAACUAAACAAAGUAAUAACAUUCAUGUGUCAUGGAAUGUAAUUCAGUUACUGUAACUUCAAAAGAAUCGGUAAUUCAAAUAAAACCAGAGACUCUCAGUAAAGAGUUUCUAUCGAAAGAACAACGUAAUGUGUUAUUAAAAGUAAUAUUUAAAGAACACUCUUAUUCACAUCCUUAUCAGUCUCUUUUUCAAAUAAAUGAAGAAAAAUACGACAGUAAGAAUACCAGUAUACCCCCUUAUUCAGUUUUGAAGGUUUCAACAACCAUUUGGAAUGAUGAUGACGGAGAGGAUGAAAUUGAUAUCGAAAAAGAUUAUUAUCCUUCUUCAAUUUCAACAGUUAGAUAUGACAUCAGCAAAGCUAGAGUUGUUAUGGAUGAAGUAGAUGUUUAUUUAAAUUCUUUAUGGAAGGAUAUAAAUAAAGAUGAAGACAAAAAGAUUGUGAGAAAUUGCACAUGCCGUGAGCAGACCGAGUUGUUUGACUGCAUCUAUAAAACCAUCAAUAAUUAUCAGCUUGCCAAGUUGACUUAUGAGAAGCAUGCAAAUGAACCUGUUUUGAGAAGACUGGCAUUAGAUAAAGCAACAAAAAGAGUUCACAAAUCAUUUAGUCAUGUUUUUUGGAACCCAAAGCAUAUUGCUUGGCUUCAUGGAGUUCUGUUGGAUGGUUUAGGAUCAUCUUUAUUUCUUUGUUACCUGGAGAUACUGCAGUCGUUAAGAAGAAAGGAACCAGAGUUAAUUGAAAGAACCUUAUUAGAAGAUAAAACUGCUUCUGAAAAAGAGCGUUCUGCUGGCCUUCCCAAUUUGUCUGCAAAACUCAAAAAGAACUGGGAGCCUUCAGUUGGUUUAUCCACUAAGAUAAAUAUGGAAAUGUUUUCAAUCACUCCAUUUGUUUUAAUGAUUCCUUCAGGACCAAAUAUUCCACAUCAAUCGUCUAAACGCAGUAGAUUUUGGUAUAAUCAGCUAUCCAGUUUUGCGAAACCAAUAUCAAUUAAUGCUCCUGCUUAUAAAACACCAGAUGGUUAUAUUGUAAAGCACUACUUGGAACAUUGUAUUAGUGUGAUUCGUACCAAAAUAACUAGCUGUCGUCAUAAAUAUCCAGAGCAUCCUAUUAUUUUAGCUGGUUGGGGUGUUGGCUCCUUGAUUGCUCUUAAGGUAGCCCUGCUUAAUAAAGUUGAUGCUGUUAUCUGUCUUGGAUUUCCUGGUAAACAAUUUAGUAAUAAAGAAAAAGAAAUUGGAAAAGAGGAAUAUUGGCAGUCUUUUUUAAAAAUUGAAUGUCCUGUUCUAUUUUUUGCUGGGGCUCAUGGUGCUUUAUCAUCAUUUACUGAAACAGAGAAAUUGUGCAAAUCAAUUAAAUCAGAAACAAGUUUUGUAGUUGUAGAAGGUGGCGAUGAUAUGCUACGUUUGUCAAAAAGUCAUAAAAUGAAACUCGGCAUAACUCAAAAUAUGAUUGAUAAGUUAAUUCAGGAUGAAAUCUACCUUUUUAUGAAAAAGUUGUUUUUUCAUAAAUCUCACUACGUUAAAGAGCAAUUCAAUCCUAAGAAAAAAAAGAAAAAAAUUGAAUUAAUUGGUAAAGAAGAAAUUAAAAUAAUACGUAAAAGAAUUUUACAAAAGAAAAAACCUCUCCAACCAUUAAAAAUUGUUCCACCUCCUCAAACACUUCUUACUCCACCUUCAGAACUUCCUAACAAUUUUGUUAAUUUAAAUAAAGAUAACAACAAUCAUUCCGCAGGGCUUUUAACAACUGCAAAUCAGUAUUUUACCACUUCCACAUUAGAGGAAACACGUAAUCUUGUCUGUUCGUUAUCUGACCAGCAAACAUCAUCCAAUAAAUUAUCUGCAGGCAAACCCAAAAAUAAGAAAUUGUCAAAAGAUAAGUUCAAGAAAGUUAGAAAUAUAUUCACAGCAUCUUUUGAUUCACAGCCAUCUGCUAAAAAGAAAAGUUGUCCUAAUAAUUAUUAUUCAGUUCCUGAUGCUUUUAACACGACUCAAAAUUUGCAACAGGUACAAGCUGGUUUGCUUUCAUCUAGCAGUACAGGACAAAUUCAAGUUCAAGGAAGUAGUUUUUACUAUCUUCAUCAAACACACGGUUCUUUGCCCAAGAAUUCAAUAGAAUCUUCAACAAGUGUUCUUCCAAAUUUAAAAGGUCAAUUGGUUUCUUCAGGAUCUGGAAAACAGACAAUUGUAGUUCAUCCUAUUUCUAGAUUUGUUAUUAACCAGCCCACGGUUUCGAGUCUUUCUACUAUAAAUUCUUCAUCCAAUCAGAUAACUGAAUAUGAUCAUAUUGCAGAAAAUAUCAAUAAUUGUAUUGACGAUAAAAAAAGUUGCAUGUCUAUUAGUACAACAUCAAACUGUGAAUCUCAAGCUUCUUCAUCGGGCUCUCUCCAAUCAUCUCAAAGUGUCCCUUCAACAUCUCUUUUAACAGAGUUGUCUUCAAAUGACCUUAGGUAUUUUACUAAUUUGAUUUUAAAGCAAAAAAAUCAAACAAUUUUUACCAGCUCUUCGAUUUGUGUAUCUUCCUCUGCUAAGUGUGCAACAUAUACAGGUAAUUCAUUAGGUUCUUCAUUUCGUGCUUCAUCAACCACUGCUUCAUCAACCACUUCAAGUUUGAUGUUUGAUGGUUUUAAACAUCUUUCUUCGCCAUCUUUGUUAAACUCUCAUUCUGUUCAAAAUCCAUUCAAAUCCUUUGAGCCUUUAAACGAAAAGGUUUCAGUUUUUAAAAAUGUGCAAGGUAGUCUUCAUCCACCAAUAUCUCAAUGUAAUUUAAAUAUUCGACCAACAGCUACACCGAAAAAGUACCGAGUUAAUUCUCCAUACUUUUCUGGUGUUUGUGGUAACAAUACUAAUGGUAGUUUUACAUUGACAUAUAAUCCUCAAUACAAAAAUUCGAAAUCGACGUCCAUACAAAAUGGCGUUAAAGUAUCUUUUUCAUCGCCAACAUCUUUAUCAAAUAUACCUGAUUUCUGCUCCCAAAAGAUUGCUAACUCGGUUACAACUGCUGCAACAAAGGCACUUGUUUCAUCGUCUAACACUAAUAUUUCAAAUGUCCAAGAAUUAUCUAGACAAAAAUCGGCUUAUUAUUUAUCAUGCAAUUCUACUAAAGGUUCUGGAUCACUUAUAAAUGAUAAAAAAAAUAAAAAACAUUUUUUAAAUAAAAAUCCAAGUAGUAUUAUUGAACCAAACGAAUUAGUAGUAAAACCUGGUCAUUUGUCUGAGAUUAAUCAAGUAGACACCUAUUUAUCUAAUAAUCGUUUCACUAGUGAAACGAUUAUCAGUGAACAAAAAGCAAUAGAUGAACAACAGCGAAUGUAUUCGUUGCUUCAAAACUUUUUGAAACAAAGCGAUGUUGGUCAAUCGCAAUACAUAGACGUGACUCGUACAGAUAAUCUAAGUUUAUUAAAUAAAGUUGAUUCUCCGACAGUUGCUGAAAAUGCCAAAGGAGACGGUUUUUACGAUUAUAUAAAAGCACACUUUGACGAAGCGUGUGCGUUGCGCACUGUAAAUGAUAUUUCAAAGGAAUUCAAUCAAAGUACAGCAAAAUCUAAGGUUGAUAAAAAAGAAUACUCAUCACUAUUAGUUGAUAACGUUUUUAAUGAGAGUGUUACGAGUCAGCAAUUUGUUGCUAACACCUUAAAUUUGCCUUUUUCUAAGAAUAAAAUGCUUUAUACAAAUGGACAGGAGAUUUUAACAAACAUAAAUAGCAUUAGUUCAAGUUAUUUAUCAAAAAGUCCGGUACCGGUUACAACAGUAUUAUUGAACAACUCCCAUAGUAUUGAUAAAGAUCUGCUUUCAACAGUUAUUGAUAAUUUAGAAAAAUCUGAACUUAUCGGAGAUGCAAGAAACGUUUUGCACGAAUUCUCUCAAAACAUACGUUACAAUUCUUUAGAAAAAUUAGUCGACUCUACAGAAAAAUGUGUCGAUUUUUCAAAAAAAUUAAGUUUACAACAACAAUCAAAUAUUGAAACAUUUUAUUCUGCAACAGAAGAUAAAAACGAUAAAGGUACUAAAAAAGAAAAUGAAAAUAAACAAAGCGUUACAUUUAAUCCUAUGAUGUCUUCUGAAAUGUCUAGUGAGAAUGUUUCUAAAGAAUUCAUUUCCACAGAGAGUGGUGAUUAUAAAACUGCUGUUACUGAAGGCAGAAAAAAUUUUAAAAUAGAUAACGAAUGUUUCCCUAAUCUAAAUCUUUCUGAACCACAAAGUGGCCGGGUAUCAAGUGAUCGUUCUGUCGAUAAAUUAUUAAAAUCUUCCAUAUUUAAAUUUGCUGAUACUAAUAAACCUGAAGAGCCAUCGUUAACAUCCCUGCUAAUAGAUGCUCCCGCUAUUAAGGAAAUUGCUGUGCAAAAUGUAUCAAGCGAAAUCAAUUUUUCCGUUAAUGGAUAUUCUUCGCAAUCUGAUAAUAUUCCAAGUGAAGAAGUGUCCUUUUGUACUCGGCUUCAUGAGAAACCUGUAGAUUUAAUGUUCAGAGCAGUAACAGAAAAUGGUGGAACGAACGGUAGCCUUAAAGAAUUUAUUUCAGCAGAAAGUCAAUCUUUUUUUAUGGCAGAUAACAUUGUAAGUCUUAAAAACACACUGCAUUCCAUAAAUAAUUUAAAAGAAAAAAGCUUGUUGUUUACAGAGCCAACUAUGAGUUAUUUAUUAAAAGGUGAUUCAUUUGACAAUCCAGAUUCCUCUAAAAAAGAUAUUUUUUAGUUUUAGUUACUAUUGAAAAAAACUUAAAAGUCAACAGUCUUGCAACUGAAAAGUCAACAAAUCAAUGAGAACUAAUUGCAGCUUACAUGGUUUUACUUUUUUAAACUAAUAACUUUCUUUCCUUUCUACCCUAAAAUAUGUGAUAACAUAUUUUUGAUUGUGGUUUUAUUGUACAAUUUAUUUUAUUUUUACAAAAAUAAUAUUAUUGAGUUA